GAGCUAGAAAGAGAGAGAGAGAAAGAGAGCGAGAGAACGAGCGACAGAGAGGAGUGUCUGAUGAAGAGUGCGAACGGGAGUGCGAAAGGAAAACUCGAUUAGCCGCUCGACAGCCGGUCUGCGACGUCCGAUGUUCGAGACACCAGGAGACGCGACGAGCGAGCGAGUGCCGCGGACGCGAGCGGAACGUCGCAGGCGGCACCUCCGAACGUAUAAUUCGCGCGAAACGUACUCCCGGGAGUGAGCCCUUUGCCUGUCCGAUCCGGUCAACCCUGUCAAUCUCGUCAAUCUCAACGUGUCGGGGCUCACAGUGACAGUCCGUAGCGGAAGAGUGUCAGUGAUGGGGAUGAGAGUGGCCAGCGGCGACGACGACGGCUGCGGCGGCAGCGGCACCGGGACGACGGACCAGUAUGGCGGACGAUAAUCGUGGAGUGUCGGUGGUGUCGCCGCCGCCACCGCCACCGCCACCGCCACCACCACCGCCGUCGUCGUUGCCGUCACCGCUGCUGCUUACGACAGUGGUUGCACUACGUGCCCGACGUGCAGUGGUGUCCGGCGCGCACCGGGUUCACAUACACACACGCUAGAUCGAUAGGGAGACCGGCCGCGAUAAAGACUGGCGAGGGUCUCAGACUUCAGGGAUGUUGCAGUGCUGUGGUGUUGGAGGUGGCGCUUCCACGGCACCUCAGGCUCCGCAGCUGCACGGUACCGGAUCCGCUGUCGGGGCUACCGCCUCCACGAGAACCACCAACAUGCAGGACGCAGUCGUUCUCGAAUCCAUCCUGGAGAAAAUGCGGGAGACGGAAGCCCUACGAGCGGAGCUGGAGAGGCAGCAUGCGGACGCACAGAACCAGCUGCGGGAGAAGAUAGCAGGACGCUAUCAGGGCCCGGAAUCGAUCGAGGCGUUGCAGUCCAAGAUCCGAGAGCUUGAGAAGAAAAUCGAGCUGCAGAUGGUGAGGCACGAGGAGCUGUCGCUGGAGCUGACCAGUUUGUCACGUGCACGCAGUAGGGGACCGGUUAUAAGUCACGUCACGUCCACGAGCGUCCCGACGUCGACUUGGCCGCCAACCUGCUCCGAGAUUGAUAGAAUCAUCGCCAAGAUCGAGCAGGACAAUAGCGGCAGAAUUUUGCACGAAUUGGACCACACGCGGAGCGCGAUAACCACGCAGCAACCCUCGGCUACGCAGAGCAUCCUUAGGUCCAGCUCAGAGAAUCUUCCCAACCUCGGUCAGCAUCAACAUCCACCUCAUCCACACGCCCUCAACCUCGGGAUACCUACCCAGAUGGGUCACUACGCAGGUUCACCAAUGCCAUUAACGCCGAUGAUGCCUGGUUGUCCUCCACUGACGCCGAAUGGACCACCAUAUCACUACAGCGAGCCGAUCCCGCCAGCACCGUCACUCUCCAGCAGUCAGUCGCAGCCCGCUUUCCAGCAGAAAAUUCAACAGUACCAGCAACAAUCGCAACCGCACGAGUUGUCGAGUUCCCAUUCUCAAAGCGCCCUACCAUCCCAACAGAAACAGCAGCAACAAACGCACACCUCACACUUCGGAAGCAAUCAGUAUCAGGAGAGCUAUCCACAUACGCAAACGUAUCAGCAACCGCUUCAGCAACAGCAGCAACCGCAGCAGCAGCAGCAGCAUCCGGCCUCGACUACGUACCUGACAUCGGCCAGCCAGAGCGUGAUACCUCACUAUACACAGCCUGUCCAGACUGCCCAGAAUUAUCAGUUGAAUGGGAGUCAACAGGCAACGACAUAUCCUAGUUUGUCCAUGGCCUCGCAUCCAAAUGGAACUUACAGCACAGGCGCGACCAGCUACAACACCCAGUUGCCGCAUCACAAUUAUACUAUGUCGCAGACGAACAUUCCGCAGACGACGCUGCCCUCGUUGCCGCUGUAUCCCACGUCCUAUCAUUCCACUCUCGGACUCACGAGCGUACCCCAGUCUGUUCUUCCUUUCUCCAGCGGUCAGAGCACUUUCGCCACCAGUGGAACGACAUACUCCACUACCGUCGGGACCAACGCUUUCGGGACGCCGGGCGUAAGCUCAGGUACUAGUUCGGGAGGUCUGUUACAAGCAAUAGGCGAUCCUCUACAAGCGAUGCAGCAAUUCUCCGCCCAGUCGCAGGCAAGUCAGCUUCAGACGCAGGCGAUUAUCCAGCAGAUCCAGCAGAGCUUGCGCGCCAGUUCGCCGACCGCGCCCGGUACCGCGACCGGCCACCAUUUUUUGGGGGGUCCUAGGCAAAUGCCGAAGAUCCCUACAAGUAUACUGACGAAUCCCCUGGACCGAUUGACUAACACCGACGACAUUGUACCCGAAGGUCAAGUGGAUAUGCUGGACGUGCCCGGCAAGGGCAGAUGUUACGUUUACAUAGCUCGCUUCAGCUACGAGCCGUUCCAACACUCACCGAACGCGAAUCCGGAAGCGGAACUACCGGUCCAGGGUGGCGAUUACCUCCUGGUCUGGGGCCAGCCUGAUGAAGACGGGUUCCUGGAUGCGGAAACGCUCGACGGUAGACGCGGUCUGGUGCCGGCCAACUUCGUGCAGAAAUUGAUCGGCGACGAUCUUCUGGAAUUCCAUCAAGCCGUUCUCGGCCUCAGGGACGUAGACGAUUCCGUCUCGACGAAUAUCCCUCAAUGCUAUCUGCAAGAUAUUGAUUUAGAAUUAGCCGCGUUGGAAGAAGGGAACCGGAAUCGUCAAGCAGAAUUAUCCGCUUAUGCGGAACUCGACAAUAUCGCGGAGGAGGAUGAGCAGGAACCACCAGAAGUCUACAUGUUUUCGGACCUAGUUCCGGCGCCGCAGCACCUCACGCUCGAACGGCAACUCAACAAGAGCGUGCUGAUUGGAUGGACCGCUCCCGACAACACACAUCAACUCGAGUCUUACCACGUCUACGUGGACGGCGUGCUGAAAGUCACGGUGAAGGCCACCGAGAGGACCAGGGCUUUGGUGGAGGGAGUCGAUUCUACACGGCCGCACAGGAUAAGCGUGCGUUCGGUUACGCAUUCGAGAAGGACGUCGCGCGACGCCGCUUGCACGAUGGUGAUCGGUAAAGACGUCGCGCUGGGCCCGACCUCCGUUAAAGCAUCGAACGUCACGGCGACUAGUGCCGUGAUAUCCUGGCUACCUAGUAACAGCAAUCAUCAGCACGUCGUAUGCGUGAACAACGUGGAAGUGAGAACCGUGAAGCCGGGCGUUUACAGGCACACCAUCACCGGCCUGGCUCCGUCAACGAUAUACAGGGUGACCGUCAAGGCGAAGAACCUGCGGGCGACGCAUUUUGAGGACCAAAAUGCUCAGGCGGCGAACAACCUGGCUUGCCACGUCCACUUUAAGACGUUGCCCAAGGGAUUACCGGAUCCUCCGGUCGAUAUCCAGGUGGAGGCUGGACCGCAGGACGGCACUUUGCUAGUGACCUGGCAGCCUGUUGCCCUAAACGGUUCGGCCGUCACCGGUUACGCGGUGUACGCCGAUGGUAAGAAGGUCACCGACGUUGACAGCCCCACCGGAGAUCACGCGCUUGUCGACAUACACAAGCUCAUGGGUCUCAACCCGAAGCACAUCACCGUCAGAACUAAGAGCAGGGAAAGUCAGUCGGGUGAUAGUUGCGCAACAGCGAUACCCUGCAGCGUGCUUCGGGGUGGUGCCGCCGCUCACAUGCCGCCGCCCCAUGGACUUCCACACAUGGAUCAACGGCAGCCCCAACAGUCUACUAUGGGCCCCCAGCAGAAUGAUCCCAAUCGUGGGAUCUACAUGUCCGGCGUUGUCGGCCAAAAUCGACAUAAUAUACCCGCGCACAUGCGACGACACGUGGGCAACAGAGUAGACGCCCACGGUCAGGUUAUCAUCGAGACGGAGGAGAAUCUCUCCGACAAGGAGAUUUACCCCGGACAGAGCAUCCCCCAGAUGGGAAUUCCGGAAAUCACAAAAGAUUCUGCGAGCGAAGCGAAUUAUAGCGAGGAGGACGAUCCCACGCGAAGAUCGCGGGGAAUGCCACCACAGCAUCACGGCCCGCAUCAUCGAUAUGGGCCGCAAAUGGAUCCUCAGGGCCCGCCUGGAGCACAUAGGUCUCCUAGCAUGGGCGGCCCCAGCAGUAGACCACAAGAUCCUUAUUAUGAUCAAACGGGAUCUCAAAGAGGGAGGGGACCGGUUUAUCGUGGUGGUGGACGAGUAACGCAGGCUCAAGGUGGGGCGAGUCACCCACCGAAUGUAGCCCAACAAAUGAACAAGAGACAACGGUGGUUCGUGGCGCUAUUCGACUACGAUCCUACGACUAUGUCACCGAAUCCAGAUGCGUGUGAAGAGGAAUUACCAUUUUCCGAAGGCGAUACCAUCAAGGUAUACGGUGAGAAAGAUGCCGAUGGUUUUUACUGGGGCGAGUGUCGCAAUAGGCGAGGAUAUGUUCCUUACAACAUGGUGGAAGAGGUUAAAGAUCCACCAGGUCAAGCUCAGCCGAGUAGAAGAGGACCUGCACAGAGCGAGAGAUGGGGAGACAUUUAUGCGAGCAUGCCUAUGAAGAAGAUGAUAGCUCUCUAUGAUUAUGAUCCUCACGAAUUAUCUCCUAACGUUGAUGCUCAAGUCGAAUUAACGUUCCAAACCGGAAACGAGAUAUAUGUCUACGGCGACAUGGACGAUGACGGAUUUUACAUGGGCGAGCUGAACGGCGUGCGCGGUUUAGUGCCGAGUAAUUUCCUUACCGAGGCACCCGGACAGAAUCAGGGGCAACCGCCGCAGGGUAGCAGGCGACCUGGCGGCCAGAGCCAAGGGCCGGGCGCGAGGGGGCCACCGCCACCUCCUCGAGAACCACCCCCGGCCGGUCACCGACGUGGCAAAGAUGCCUGCAUUGUGCCUGUGUCUGUCCCUGUCUGUCACUUAGACUCUAGACAACUACAACAACCACCACCACCAUCACUAAUGAACAACCAACAACAUCAACUACAACAUCAAAACAAUCCACCGCAUCUAGCCUAUCAACAAGCGAAUCACCACAGCUACACGACCGUAACCACGUCCUAUCAGCAUGGGCCCAGUCACUUGCCACCCGGCGGCGGUGUCAUGGGUGCCCAUCAGCAAGGUCCCGUACAGCCCCACCUUCAGCAACAGGGGAAGGGGAGGGGCGGCGUGGUCAAUCGGGUCGCUGGUAGUAACAUGCCGGGUAUGCAGGGUCCGGGCCAGCAUCUCCAGCAGCAGGACUAUCAAGGCCAACAGCAAAUGAAUCAGCCGUACCAGCAACAGCCGAAUCAGCCGUACCAGCAACAACCGAAUCAGCCGUACCAGCAGCAGCAGCAACAGCCGAAUCAAGGGUACUCGCAGCAAUCGUCGCAACAGUUUCAACAAUCGCAACCACAGCAGCAAAUGGGUCAGAUGGGUCAGCCGUUCUCGCAGCAGAAUCAACCAGGCGGUCUCGGGAUGCAAGGCGGAAUGGUCGGCGGUCCUCAAAGCGCUAACAAGCCCAUGAGAGGGAUACCGGCGGUGCUACCGACGGCGCAGUCCAAGACGCAGCCUAACCCAACGCAGCAACAACAGCAACAGCAGCAGCAACAGAGCACCGGGCCGAACCUAAUGCAGAAGUUCACCGAGAUGGCGGGUGCAAGCGCAGGCGGCGAUAUACUCUCCAAGGGAAAGGAGCUGAUCUUCAUGAAAUUUGGAUUGGGCAAGUGAGGAGGACCGAUCGUUGACGACGUGACGACGAUAACAAUAAUGACGACGCGUUGUCGCGAUCGUUUCCGUAUCGUUCUUGCGCUCGACGUUCGCAUGCGCAUAAGUCAAUCUCGUCAAUCGAGCUGCGUAAAUCAGUAUUACGACGAACGUCUUUCGACAGCGAAAGAUACGCAAUCAGGACGCUAUCUUGUCGGACGUUGUUGUUGAAGACAAAGAGGACAAGGCGGGGAAGAAUGCGCCGCCAUUGCUGUUGCUGCUGUUGCUGCUAUUGUUGCUACUCGCUAUUAAUAAUCGUUAACUACUACAAAAUAAAGAGGAACGUCGCUGGACGAAUAUAAAUCGAGGACAAGUCUCGCGAUAAAAAGGAAAGGAGAAAGAACAUUUGGUGGAGACUGCUCGAGAUGAGAAUAAGGUGACCCACGCCGAGAAUCGACUGAUAAUUCCACCGAUCGAGAAGAGACAAAAGAUACAUACAAGAUUCAUCGAAUUUCUUCUUAAUCCUCCUUUUCCGAAAUCUUCUUCUUCUGCUACUUCGUCUUCUUCUUCGCGCGACGAUAGGAUCCUCGAUCGGUGCUGCGCGGUCCAUUGAAGAAAUACUUGUCGAUUGCUCGUCCGUCGAACCGUCGCGGAAUCUCCUAAUAUACACGAGAUAAUCAAUGUCACGGAAUGCUAUCUGCGAAAUAUAUUUUGAGCGACGGCGCGCCAAGUCAUGUAAAUCGCGUAUUUUGCGCGAAAGUUUCUUCCAAUCUCUUCUCGUCCUCUUCGCGUUAUUCGGAGUACCGUUCGGUUUUCAGAAUAAAACAGAAAACUUUGUUGCGAUGCGGAUUGUAUCGAGUGUAUGUAAGAGAGAGAGAGAGAGAGAGAGGCAGAGAGAGAAAGAGAGAAACGUCCCGCGUUAACAUAGAUUCUGUAUAUGCAAAAACGAGUCAAUGGCGAAGCGAAGCUAGG